AUGCCCGCAAACUCUACUGUUGUCCCCGCCUCCCUCUCUUCGGGGGCAAAGCCCUACUCCGAGGAUCCCCGUAAAGUUAUGGACGCCUUUCGCAACCGCACCAAGGAUGCCUUGGACCAGAUUUUGGACGAAACAAACAGAAUCCAGAAAAGGAUGGAAAACCUGGCGAACGAAAACGAGAGCAACAACGAGCGGGAGUGGCAGCAGUUGCUCAUCGAAGCGACUGGCUCUCUGGCGAAGCAUUCCCUCCAGCAAGUUGGAGAUCUAAGGCAGUUCGGCACCAAGAAGCUCACAGACGCCAACCUGGCCCGCCAGGCCACGUCCUCUGCCAACAACACCUUCAUUGGCGUGACCAACGCCGUCGACGACUUCUAUUCCAGCGCUAGGGAAUGGCUGAAUGGUGCUGCGAGCAGCCUGCAGUACUGGCUACCGGAAAACAAUGCCGCAGAGAAUAAGAUCAGGCAGUUUGAGCGCGCCAGGAACAACUGGCACAAGGGCUAUUCGACUGUCAUCGAGGGAUGGUUCGAGGGAGAUGAUUUCGGCCACAACAACGGUGCCGACAACUUUUCGGCCAUUGAAGGCCUCGCCACCAAGCUCAACUUCAUGGGUAUGGAGAAUUUCACCAUCGUGAAGAAGGACAGCGGUUGGGCGCUGGAGCUCUCUACUGAGUAG